UAGAAACAUGUGAUUGUAGUCUUCUUUCUAAUUAGUGAUUAGAGCUCAAAUUUGAGAAGAUCUCUCCAACUUAUCGAAAGUACAAUAGGACAGACCUGUCCUACAGCAGCACUGUCAACAUUAAACGCAUAUUGUUUCCACAUCGAUAGUACAGAGGGGGACAUUUUCACAGUUGUCGGUAAUAACAGUCUGGUGGUUUCUGUUAGAGUAGAAGAAGUCAUAUUUUGAUCAGUGAUAAUUUAACAAAUGCCCGAAAAUUGAGAAAGUAGCUUCCCAGAGUUUCCCAUGUCGCCUUUGUUGUUCUGUCAAAACAGUGACAGCUGAGUGCUGUCACUGUUUUGAUUUUGUUCAGGCUCUGCUGUCACGCUAAAUUGUACAGACUUGAAAACAUGGCAGAAAGUGAAGAAAACAGCUGAGGAAAAUUUUUAAUGAUGUUAAAUCCUAAAAUUAAAAUCCGAUUUUUCUAUUAGCUUGGCGUGCUUCCUCACACUUUCAACACUUCUCUUUUCAGCAAAGGCGCACUGCGCUUUUACGCACGAGUCUAGAGGCACUGUGUCACAGAGCAGAGUGUCAUGCAGACCUUCAGUGUAUGACGGCGUCCCAGGCACAAGUAUCACUGCUGCUACAAGAUGAUCCUCCUGCUCGCUCUGCUUUCUGUUCUCUGCGGAGAACCAGGUCUGUGCCUGGAGGAGGAUGGAGGCUUCACCUUUGAUGGAGACAUCCGCCAAUUCGCUGUAACCUCCAACACGCUUUAUAUCGCCACAGAGGAGAGGCUGUACCAGCUGAGCCAUGAUCUGACUCUGAUCAACAGUCUGACCCAGAGAGGAAUCUUAAAGACCGGAAACAAGCAGGAUGAUGUGCAGUUUUACCGGGUUUCUGACACAGCUGAGUGGAACGAUACUUUCAGCAUCAACGUGUUGUUGCCUUUCACAAAGAAUGACUCUCUGAUCAGCUGCGGUGUGACUGGCGAUCACUGCGGUCACUGCGAGGUUCUGGACCUGAAGAACAUCUCUAACCUUCUGUACAGAGAACAGAUCCAGGUGGGACCUCUGAAGAGCAGCAGCAGGUCUGUCAGCUUUCUGGUGGAUGUGAAGAAGAAAACAGAAAAUGACACGUAUAUUCUCACUGCGAUACAGAAGAAAGGGAGGUUUGAAAAGAGGUGCCCUUCCGAUUCCGAAACGAUCAACCUUCAUAAUACAGAUAACAAACAGGGUGGAGGUAUAUUUUCUCUAACUGAUGGAGCUUCAGGCACGCCUAGGAUCAAAAAUAAAGGUGAUGUGGAGUUUGUUGACGGGUUUCAGAUUAAAUCAACCAUCUAUCUGUUCUCCAACGUGCUCUCAGCUCAGACAAACAGAGUCCGCCUCAUUUGGCUCAAAGGCGAAAAAAGUAAAACUGAUACACUCAAGUCUCUGCGGGGCGCGACUCUCAGUGUCUCUGACGGUGAAAGCAGCAGACUCGUGGCCUCCUCGGUCAUCCCGGGGGAGCAGCCAGUGCUUUGGAGCGGCGUGUUCAGUGUGGAUGGAGGAGACACCAACACCGAGCUGAUGGUGUUUGACAUCAGCCCUGAUUACAGCAGAGCAGGGGACAGAGAUCCAGACUUCUACACCUCUGUGCCAUCAGAAGUGACGGUGACGGUCCUGAAACCAAAGGCAGUCCUCUUCAGGCACAGCUACAUGACCUCUGUGCUGGCAGUGAGGCAGAGAGGCUGGAUAGUUUUCUUCAUUGGGACAGGAGACGGGCAGCUCAUUAAGCGUUUUCAGUGGGAGAAAGGUUUCGUCACUCAGGCCGAUACUUUCUCAGCAAUGCAAAGCCCCCAGUGUCUAACGUCACCAUGGAGGAGAGGAAGGCACUCACAUCACUUGGUAAUGACAACAACAUUAUCAUCCUUCCAGCAGACAAGGCUGUCUGUGGACAGGAAGUAUCACGCCGCCUGUCCCACGGUGCUCUACAGGACCAGUGAUGACCGCAAAGUGAUUCCCAAAUUACAUCUGGAUCCAGUGGAUCGUAAACAUGUGUAUGUGCCAUUUAGAAACCAGAUGAAGCGAGUUCCUGUGUCAAAGUGCAGCACAUACACAAAUGUGCAGGAGUGUUGGUCUGCACAGGAUCCAUACUGUGGUUGGUGUGGCUCUAAAAGCAGCUGCACAUUUGAAGAUGACUGCACAGAUUCAGACUGGCUGUCCAUUCCUGAUGAGUCCCAACACAAAAUGAUUUCCCACAAAGUUGAAAAGGACACAAAUGGACAGUUCCCACAAUGCACCUGCAUCCUGUCUGAUCGUACACUUCCUGCUGAUGGUCUGCAUGUCACAGUGAAAUUUAGACUUGGUUCAACACAACUGUCAGAACAGCUGAGGUUGACCAACUGCUCUGACAUCAGUGGACCACCAAGUUCAGUCUUGUGUCAGCAGUGCGUCAAAGCUGGUUGUGGAUGGAACAUAAACAGAUGUUCCUGGGCCGAUCAAACAGAGAUCAAUGACAGUGUUUGCCAAAAUGUGCAGUCUGGGAAGAACUUCUCUAUCCCAGAGAUCUCCUCCAUCACUCCCAGUGUGGUGUCUUUCUACGGUAGAAACCACGCAGUGCUGUCAGGUCGUAACCUCGAUGAUGUGACUGCAGUGAGGAUCCAGGCAGAUACUGACUGUGCUCCAAAAGAAUCUCCUGUUUGGGACAACACUGGUUUCAGUCUGAUGUUCCACAUUCCCACUUCAGAUAUCAAAGGUGUGGUCAGGGUAUGUCUUCUCCUCCCAGAUGGUCGUUGCCAUGGCAAAGCUAAAAUCACUUACAGCUCAUUACCAUCAUGCACCAACAUUACUCCCAGCAGCAGUUGGAUCAGUGGGAAGAGGAAGAUCACACUCAUGGGGUCUCACCUUAACUUUGUUGAAGGGGUCGUCCACAGCCACGCAAUGCAGGAUGUCAGACUUCCCAGAAACAUCAGCUCUCAGUACCUCACCUACGAUUCACCUGCAGCUAGGAGUUUUUCUAGCAGCACUCUGUUUGUGAAACUAGCCAAUGAAACCUUAGCCUGCUCCACAAAACUCUCCUACGUUCCAGACCCUGAGUUUACCAGCUUCACAGCCACAAGGACAGGGGAAGAUGUCCACAUCACCAUUCAGAAAAAAGCAGACAACCUGGAGAUGAUGAUAGAAGAGUUAUCAGUGUGGGGCGUUCAAGACGAUACAAAAUACCAGUGCAUCAUGGAAGCCAAAGAAACCUGGACCAACACUGACUUUUUCACCUGUGGAUUUAAAAGCCCAUCCAACCAUGAAUUUGAGGAGUUACUGAUAAAGUAUGGUGACAGGACAGUAAGUCUUGGGCUUGAGUCCCAGUUACACAAAGCCCUUCAGAUAUUGCGUUUCAUGCUGAUACCCUGUGUUAUUGCAGUGUUGGUGAUUAUCUAUUUCUGGCAGAAGAGACUCACCGUUGAGAUGAAUAAGCCCUGACCACUGACCAACCUGAGUGUUCUUGGGAAAAAGUUUGUCUUAGGACAGGCAUUGUAAAGCUUCCUGCAGAGUUUGCUUUGUUUUAUUUUUUCUUUCUCUCUUUACGAUUUUAAUUAUACUGCAAAUGUGUUUUAACUGAAAUCAACAAAUUAUUUUAUCUGUUGUAUCCUUUAUCUUUUGCAUAUUUAGUGUAACAGGUUUUAAAUGUGAUGUAAAAAACAUGUGGGACAUCUGGGUCCAUAAGUAUUUGGACAACUACACAGUUUUUGCUUCAGUUCAUGAAGUUUAACAAAAUUAUUACGAAGCUGUUUAGGAACUGAAACUAUUUUUCUUUGUAGUUUCCAUUUACAGAUGCUUUGGUUCUUCAUAAACGGGCCAAAUAAACUUUUAUUUCAUGCUAAAUGUUGUAGGCCAACAGUGACCCCUGGUGGCUAAAAUGAAUUUGGAGGUUUUACGCCUCACAGGAUUUGUGUUAAUAAAAUAAUCAUCAUAAUUUAAAAAUCA